AUGCUCGCCGACGAUUAGCAAGAAGAGCACCACGAAGGCAGAGAGCGAUCUAAGAAGUCGUGUCGACGGGGCCGUGCGCCGUUUAUAAAAAUUCGCUAAUAGUUUCAGAAAAUUGCCUGGCCAGUUCGGGAACAACAUUCGAACUCUGCAUAAUGCUUUAAACGUACCGUACAGAAACACAAUCUACAUUUAACACAAAAUGAGCCAAUGUCAAAGUUAACCGCAAACUGGAGCCAAAACAUUUAGCAGCCGCAUUCAGAGAGCAAAUCAACUCAACGAACCAAAAAACACAUCAGGAAUACCUUAAGCCUUAGGUUUUAGCUUUAACUUGGAGAGAAACGAAUUGGAACGAACGACUACGAAAUGUCUUCAGCAGCAGUGGCGCCAUCACAGUCAGCGACGGCAAAGAAGCGGCCAUCCGCCGUCAAGGAGGAGGGUAUGACGCCCAAGAAGACGGCCCUGAUCAUUGUCACCGUCAUAGGAUGCAUUGCCAUAUUGUGGCCAAAGGUCUUCCAUCCCAUGAUGUUCGGUUCUGCGCCGCUGCCCAAACAGCAGAACCUAAAGGAGCAGAGGAGCGGGGCACCGGGCGGCUGUUGCGAUGUCGUGCUUGACAGGGAGCAAUUCAUGAACGCGUCGAAGCCGGAUGCUGCCGUACCCUUUGGCCCCCACCUGUACCGGAAACAUGUAAACCUGUACACGGGUGAAAUAAGUCUGCGGCAGGAGCGUCCGGCCCACCUGCAUCCGGAGUCCAUCUAUCAGGCAAUGCGGGAGCGAGGACGCGCCAUACCUGCCACGCCCACAGUGCCCAUUGUUGAGCGCAAAAGUUCGCCAAGCAAUCCGCCACCGCGCAUCGUUGACGGACGGCCUGGUCCGAUUCCUGGCAUGCGUCCUCCAAUGGGCGCCGGAGCGUUGCAACAGCCACAGCAGCGAGGCAGCAGCAUGGGCUUUCUAAUGCCACUCUACACCAUCGGAAUUGUCGUGUUCUUUGGCUACACGAUAAUGAAGAUUGCAUUCAAGAAGCAAGUGCCCAACGCACCAUACGGACCAGCACCAUCGGAUCCCGGCUUCCGGCAGCAAGUCUUCGGGCAGCAGGCGCACAGCCAAGUGGAGGAUUUGGGCGGCACCAAAUUGGGCUGGCGAGAACACCAGACAAGAAGUGCAGCUGUUAAGGCGCAGGCGCUCGAGGCCCCCAUGAAUGGAAGACAGCGGAGCCACGACGAGGAGCUCUACAAUGUCAGCGUGUCGGCCACCGAGGUGGCCAGCAGUCUGUCCAACUCGCUCAAGCAGCACCAGGAGAAGAUGGAGAAGGAGCAGCUGAUGGAGAUUGAGAAGCUGCGCCAGAAGCUCGAGGACACGGAGCGAGCGAUGGCCAAGCUGAUUGCCGAAAUGAACACCGAUCAGUAUGAGGCAAAGCAAAACGACAGCGAAAAAACGAAAGAACAACUGGAGAAGGAGAACAUUUCCAAUGGGCAUGUAAACACCAUCAGCGACCAGGGUGCGGCAGGCAAACAGCAGCAGAGAAAGCGUCGGGACCUAAGCGCUGAGCGAGAACUAACGGUAUUGGGCAUGGAGGUAACAGCCAGUUGCGAGGGCGGUCGCAAAUGGACCGGACGCCCUCCAACGCCUGUUUUCCGAGCACCAAGCGAACAUUCCAAAUUGGAAGGAAAUCUACCCGAGCCGCAGUCCAUUUACUUGGAAGGCGCUCUGGCACACGAUUCACAGAUAUUGGUGGCCGACGCCCAGACCAAGCGCGAAGAGGUCUACGAUGCUGAGCUCAAUGGAUCCGCCGAGGAACCAGCCGUCAUUCUUAGCAGCAAAAUGACAUUAUCAUUGAUUAAUUUGGAUGCAAAUCAACAAAAUGGCAAUGUGGGUAUGCCCGGCAUCGAGAGUCCCCUGGCUGAUGAUAUUGAAAUAAUUGGUCACGAUGAGCAAUAGAGAUGCGGACACUACUCUGAUAAACAAUUCGAAUUUGAUGGCUAAAGAUGAAGACCUAAUUUUGAUGAAAUAAUUUGCAGAGGAGCAGAGAGUGAAAUAAUUCGAAAAUUUCAUUAAACGACGUGGAGCAUUACGACUGAUUAACAUGAAACAGAAUUGCCAAUAAUUUGAUAUCUAAUUUGUAUAUACAUAUUGUAUGUUUUGAUACUGUAUUCGUUUUGUUUUCGAAAACGCCAACUGCUCUGCCAACUGUAUGGCCCCGCCAAUCCUCAUGCUCUGUGAAUCUGUUCCCCACUUUGGUCACACCCACUCGUAAUCCCACUGGCAUGCCAUGCCACCAAAAUGCAGUCCCCAUCAAGUGCGUGAAUUUCAUGUGAAUAAUGUUAGUUGAAACUCAAGGCAAGAACUAGUCUACCAUUAAGCUAAGCGCAUACAAAAUUCAAAAUCGCAUCGUCUAAUAUUCUGCACUCUACUCUAUAAUACUUUUCGCAUAAAACAAAACUUCUCUUCUCGUUGCGUGGGAAAUAUAAAUUACAUUAAUAAACAGCGUUCUAUUGCACCUUAUGAUUAAAGAACAACUAAACUAAUAUUAGUGCCACAGCGUUUGUGAAUCUAGUAUAGCGAAUAAAUUGAAAAACCGGACUUGAACACGAGAAA